CAGGGGGACCAUGGAAGAGCCCCUCCCCUUUCGCUUUAGGAACAGCAAAUCCAAAAUCUCCAGCAGCCACUGAUUUGUCGACGUCGUCGGGGUAUAAUUAGAGAGAUUUUGCCACGCUCUGACCGGUCCCCAACGGGAGACGGUAGAGCUUGUUUCUGAGAAGCGGCUGUUGGCCCAGAAUCGAAAGUGAAAUUAGCAGAUGACAUCAGACACAUCACGAGAGCCACCGAGGUCGGAGAGUUAUUUACUCUGAGGGGAAAAGUCAACUUCCAGUCCAGGACUUUCAGGAGACUCGGCAGCUCGGGCUCCUGGCCUCUCCCUCCCUGGGUUGGAAAGUCAGGAAGUCGACCCUGAAAGACGACCACCCCGGGCCCGUGAGAGAGCACCCGGUCGCGUCCAGAUAAUGCCGUCCCCUGUUCGCAGAGACCCCGUGCUUCUGCCCAGCGCGGUGCCCUUCCGGACCCGUGGGAUCCGUGCCCGGAGCGGCAAGGGAAGCCAUCACGAGCACAAGCGAGCCUAAAAGAAACCCCCCCCGAGAUCGCCCGAGAGGGAGUCUGGAAGAGGAGAAGCCAGCGGAGGAGAGGCCCUACGGCCAGAGGGCACCAGGUGGGUGACUCCUCGAUUCGUCCACCAACCGAUCCCUAGGAUCCGUUGAGCCCUCGCCGUGUGCGGAACACCGUGUCCAGCGCUCCUCGUCCCGUGGAGGUGCAGCUCUCCCGGGACUGGAAGGUGACCCCAUUCUCGGCUGCCCGAGGGGUGCCGCCGGGCGGGGGAGAUACCCCGGGGCCCCGCCCUCAGCCGACCGGCAGGCGGCCCGGGGCACUGCCAGGCCCCCGCCCGCGGGUCCCAGGGCUCAGCCGCUUACCCGCUUCGCCGCUUCUCCGGAGGGUAGAGGCCUGAGCGGGGGAUCCGGGCGGGGCUCGCUCUCCCGGCAGAAGCGGAAAUGGCGCCCGGGAAGCCCGGGGCUCGGGACCCCCGGCGGUUGACCCCGACCGUCGGGGUCCUCACGACGGCAGUCCUCUCCUUGCUGUUCUACGCCCUCCUCUGGAAGUCCGGCGACCUGGUGGACCUCCCGCACGUCAAGCUGGGCUUCUACAACCUCUGCCUGUGGAGCGAGGAGGAGGGCCGGCUGCGGUGUCGGCAGCUCCACGACGGGGCCCGGCCGGGCCUCCCCCAGCUGGGCUUGGGCCUGGCCAGGCUGGGAGCCUACGGGGCCCUGGUCCUGUGCCUCUUCAGCCCCCUGACGCUGGCCCUGGCCGGCCGCUUCCGGGACCGGAGCCAGUGGCGGCUGGGCCUGGGGCUGCUGAGGGUCUCGGCCGCGCUCCUGUCCUCCGGGCUGGGGAUCUUCCUGGGCCUCGUCUGGAAGUGGCUCCGGCCCUCGGAGCUGGGCGGGGCCUUCGUGGCGCUGGUCGGCGCCGAGGCCCUGCUCCUGCUCCUCAUCGUCGCCGCCGGGGAGCACCCUCUGGGGGCCGAGGGGGAGCCCCCCGAGCUCCGGGGGGUGGAGACCGAGGGCUAGGCUGGCCCGGGGGCCCAGCGACGCCCCCCUCCCCGCCCGCCUCGGUCCCUCCCUCCACCCAGCCGGCGUGUCCCCCCGCCACGGCGCUCAGAGGUUAGGGCUCGUGCUCUCCCGCCCCGGCGGCUUCUCCGUGCCGCCGAAGAGGUGGGCGAGGCCACGACGGCCCCGCUUCGGCGACCCGGGGUGAGGCUCGGCCAGUUUGUCUUCAGAGCGCCCCGUCCCCGACCUCAGCCGAUUCCUCCCUCGGACGGCGCGGGGGGGGGGGGGGGGCGGGUCCGCGUCCUUAAGGGACGGAAGCCGGUGGCCCGAGGCGCCCGGAGGAGGCCCCCGGGCCCGGUUCCUUGUCUCGACAUCACCGACCGCUCGCUCGGCCUCCGCGGCAGGACGCCGAACCGACAGACGGCACGCGGCCCGACACGCCUGCCUUCCGUUAUGUAUUAAAGACGCGCACCGCACUUUCCGAAUCCAAACCGCUCCCCGCUUCCGGAGGGACGCCCGGCCCGAGAGAACCGACUUGGACCCAUCCGCGGCCCACGCGGACUUGGCCGCCCUCCGCUCGGGGGACGGCCCGCUCGGCGCUCGGGAGGCAAUAAACCGUGGCCUAGGCCGUC